AUGGAAGUGGUUAAUACAGCCCAGUCCGACUUCAGUGAUGCCAAAGGAUCUUUUAGGAAAGGUCCGUCUCUUCUUUUGGACAGCCUGAUGGAGGAGCCCAAGAAAGGAAGUAAUGUCCCCAAUCAUCUUUUGGAGUCCAAGAUCUAUACAAAGCUUUUAAGAAAUGAUGUCCUACAGGCUAAACCUGCUAUAAUGCAUUAUGGAGGGUAUGAAAUUGAAAAACAUCACCAACAAGUUCUGAAACUUGUAAAUAUUUCUGGAGAUGUUCUAAACAUCCAUAUUAUUCCACCCGACACAAAGUACUUCCAGAUCAAAUACAACAAAAUAUACCGACUUGUCCCUGGCUUGUCCUUUACCAUUACGGUUGAUUUCUGUCCUGAUGAAUGGCGAUACUAUUACGACUGCAUCCGAAUCCAUUCUCAGGGAGAUGACACGUUGCUAGUUCCCCUACACGCCUAUCCUGUGAUGAACACUAUCGAAUUUCCUUCCUACAUUAGUUUGUCUGAUGUUCCUCUGGGACAACGUAAGGAAUAUGUGAUCCCCUUACAGUGCAGCUGUCCCAUAGAUUUUGAGUUCCACAUUGAGUAUCUUCAGCCUCAUAAAGCGUUUACUAUUCAUCCGACUUCUGGAAUAAUUCCAGCCAAUGGGAAAGCACAAGUGGUAGUUACUUAUGCACCGUUCGAAUAUGGAACAGCACAGAUGCAAAUCCAGUUGUGGAUUUCACAGUUUAACUCAAAACCUCACAUAUGUGCAUUCACAGGAAGUUCUACACCGCACCCAAGUUUAACAAGAGAAGACUUUGAGAAGCAAGAAACACUUUUGCAGAGAAUGCCAAAGUCUGCUGAAAAAGCAGUGAUUCGCCUCCCACAGAAGACAAAACAUAAGAGGUGUAGCCCCCUGCAAAAAGUACAGGCCAUCGAAUAUAAAAACCUGCGAUUCCCAGCUGAUUUGUCAAAUCCUUAUGCUGUAGCAACCGUUUUGAUUCAGGAGCCAGGCAAAUUAAAUAUUAAACACUUAAGAGAAGUCUUAGAAGGACAAGGUGACGGAGGAGCUAAAACAAGGCAGGUGAAAGAAGCUGUUUUUCAACUGAAAGUCAAGCAAGACAUGCAAGAAGAGCAAAUCAAUCAACUUAAAUGGCAAGUUCAUUUAGGCAAAGAUCCCAUUAGUCCAGCUUUUCAAAAGCAGAUUCUCGAAGACCGACAGAGAGAAGAAGAACAGUACAAGAUUAAAAGAGGAGAUCCCAUUAUGGAGAAGGAGUUUCAUAGGAAGAACGUUCAGAUCUCGGUCAAACGUGUCGUCCGAGAUGUCAAUGAGUGCCCCAAAUCCCAGCCCACCUUUGAUCUCCUGCUUAACAACCCGUGGUGCCACAAGCAUUGGAAUCUGCGCCGGUUCCAACAAGCUGCACGAAAGGUCCUACUUCAGUGUCGGCUACAUCGUGUGAUAAGUUGGCUGCAUGGAGUAUAUAAAGUUAUUAGAGUUCAAGAAGAGGAAGAGAUGUUCAUAUCAGAAUGCGGCAACAUCAAAACGGGCAGCACCAAGGCCAUAGGUAACGAGGAAAAGAGAGUGCCGUUUGUCUUGACCGCAAGUCGCAUUCUGCCUUCUGAAUUCGCCACGUACACUGGACCUCGGUGGGCUGGUGAGCUGGCACCGGAAAUUCUUGGUAUAGUUCCUCUCAAGUCUGCAAAAGUCAAGAUCAAACUACUCCACCAGUUCUAUGAACUAAAGGUCCCUCAGCAUUUCAACCUCAUGGGAUAUCAGCCAUUCUGUGUCCACCACUCAGCAACCAGUUACAAAAUUCCAAAAUACUCUCAAAUUCUGAGGACAGGUGCAAAGGAAGAGCUGAUCCCAGUAAUAUCUGCUUCAGAAGAAAUGCUCCAGCAUGCCUUGACUGCACAAGAGGAUGAACAAAACAUCUCCCUGUUGAAACUUAAAGCUCCUGAAGCUUUGCUUCAUCCUCCAACUGAACAUCCACUUCAGAUUUUUAAUCCAAGUCCAGGACUAUAUGAGUUCAAGUCACCACUCCCUUACUCAGAAAGCAACAUUGAAUAUCACAUUUGCCCUGUUCCGAAAUAUGCACUUACCAGGAAAUACCCAAUGAAAUCUAGCAUACCGAUGUCACAAAAGAAAUUCUUCCAUCACAGGGAAGUGAUUCGCGGCGUAACUAACUGGCGAAAAUUCCCACCAGUCAUCCAUUCAACUUUGCCUAAUGUACCGGUUCUGAAUGGUGCAUCAAUGCCAUUCUGCACAGAUCCCUAUAAUGUAGAGAUGAUUCCAAAAGUUGUUCCUCCAAUUCUCGAUGGCUUACCAGAGGAAGACCAGGAAAAUGUCAUUGAUGAAGUAACUGAAGGGGAGGCUGCAGCCUUACUCACACCAGAGAUGAUAAGAGCUGAAUUUCCACAGAUUGACCUCUCAGCAGAUGUCAUGAAAUCACCCAAAGAGGGAAGUGAAAUAAACGUAGAUGUUAGGGUUGCUUCCUGCACAUCCCUGAGUGCUUCUGCACCUCCUUCCAGAGAUGUGAGGGACAUUGUGGACUGGUAUGUUUUAACUCAGAAUAACAUACUUGGACAAAGGAUUGAAGAAACAACAGAGAGACUGAAAGAAAAAACAAUUCAGAAGCACUUAAUCCUAGACUAA